UAGUGCUGUCUCUGAUCAUGAGUGUUGGUGAAACGGGUGUUGAUAGCGACGUCAGUCAGAAUGGCUCCUCCUCUUCCUCUGAUCUUUCUGCUCAUGAUUCACGGGGUUUCUAGUGCUGAUUGGGGUGUGAUCUACAGUCCUUCACACAUCUGUGCACUAAAGAACUCAUCAGUGAUAAUGAACUGCACUUAUACAUACCCUGCUGGAUAUCAGAUCAUGAGAGUCUUCUGGACCAAAACACUGGAAAAAGAUAAUGGAGAGCAUCCAGAUCUGUCUAAUGACACUGAAUACAGUGAAAGGCUUCAGUAUCUGGGAGAUAAACAGCAGAGCUGCACCAUGAGACUGAGUCAUGUGACACUGAAUGAUUCACACGAGUACUAUUUCAGAUUCAUCACUGAUAAAGACAAAUGGCUUGGUAAACCAGGAGUGACUCUUGCUAUCACUCUUUCUGUCACAGAUCUUCAGGUGGAGUCUCCUGAGAGAGUGACAGAGGGACAUUCAGUCCAUCUGACAUGUAAAAGCAGCUGCACUCUGACUGACAGAGCAACAUUCAUCUGGUACAGAAACUCACAGCCAUUAACUGAGAGAAGAGACAGAAACAAUGAACUCCUGCUGCAGUCAGUCAGAAGAGAGGAUGCAGGCAGAUAUAGCUGUGCUGUACACGGACACAAUCACACCUCUCCUGCUGUUCAGCUCAAUGUCAUGUACCCUCCAAAAAACGUGUCAGUGUUGAUAUCUGGAUCUGGUGAAAUAGUGUCAGGAGAUUCAGUGACUCUGAUCUGCAGCAGUGAUUCAAACCCUCCUGCUCUGAACUUCAGCUGGUUUAAGGAGAAUGAAAGCUCAGCUGUUGGAUCUGGACAGAGUUUCAGUGCACUACAGAGUGGACGCUUCUACUGUCAGGCUCACAAUCAACAUGGAUCUCAGAGAUCAGACGCUGUAACUGUGAUUGUUAAAGGACAUCUGGUGAUAUUAUACAUAUCCAUUGGAGUGGUUUGUGGAGCUGCAGUGAUCAUCAUGAUGCUGAUUUGGGGAAUCAGGUGGAUGAAAAAGAGAAAUAACACACAGGAGUCUCAGAUGGUUCAUUCCAGACCUCAUCAUGACAGACUCAAAGCUUGUGAUGUUGAAUUGAAUGAACCUGUGUAUGAGAAUGUAACGGCUGAUCAACUUAAUGAUUGUAAACCCGAACUGAACUCGUCUGUGUAUGAAAAUCUUCCACAUAACAACAAGAGGCUGUAAAUUUUGAACACAGUAAAUAUUACAGCCUUUAUGCAUCUCUUUGUGGGCGGAGCCCUGAAUGAUUGACAGGAGUGCCAUGAUGACAUGUGACUGAAGUAAUCUUGGGAUCUUUUUAUAGAUGGAUGGGCAAAAAUGGAAGUAAAACAUUAAUGAAUUGAUGUAAAAAAUGUGUAAUCACUUAAGUGUGUUUUUCUUUAUGCUUUGUAUUACGUAUGAAGCUUACUUCAUUUAGAUUAUUAAUGUUUUUAACCGGUGCAAUAGGUAAUUCUCUUCAGAAACAUUUUUGUUACACUGGUUAAAAGUCUCCUCAUAUCCUGAUAGCACUCACUAUGUUAAAUGGUCUAAACCAGUGGUUCCCAAACCUUUCCUGGAGUACCACCAGCCCUGCACAUUUUGUUUUGAUUUCUCCCUAUUUCUGACACCCAUUUCAGGUCUUGCAGUCUCUACUAAUGAGCUCAUGAGUUGAUAGAUGAGGGAGACAUACAAAAUGUGCAGGGCUGGUGGUACUCCAGGACAGGUUUGGGAACCACUGGUCUAAAUGUAUUUUUAUAAGUAUAUAUCAUCUGUGGAAGGCAUAGGACCAUAAAAUGUUUAACCAAGUAUUGUAGAAGUGUAUGUAGGUGUAUGAUUCUUUAUUUCAGAAAGACAUUGUAUAUUUUAUUAUUAUCCUGGUGGAAGGUUUAUUAUAGAAGGCCAUCUGGACUUUGCCAAACAAAUAUUUAUUGGUAAAUAAAGUUAAGAAAAUAACUUUAAAAUGUUACACAGAUACUACCCAUUAAAUAAAGUUAUAUUAGGGUUUACUAAUAUCCACUCAAAUAAAAGGAAAGAAUAUUAUAUUAUAAAAUUUAAUUUAUUUAUUUAUUUUUUGCUAAAUUUCUUGUACAUAAAAGUAAGUAGAGUAAAACCCAACUUUUGUUUUUGGUUCUUGAAAAAGAAAUUCAAAUAUAGACUAUUUUUCAUUCAUAUAAUAAUUAAUUAAAACUUUUUCCAUAUGUGAGUCCUUUAAUAUAUUUAAUGUCUAGCCUACCACCUGGCUGUAUGUUUGUCUAUGUAUAUAUAUUGCAGUAUUGACUGUACAUUGACAUUGUUUGUUUGAAGUUUGUGUGUGUGCUUUCAUGUGUUUUGGAGGAGGCGUGGCUUUCAGACACUCUGAAGGGAUGUUAUGAUUUGAAAGUUAGCUCGCUAUUGCUAGCCUCUCCGAAAAUGUUCUAUUGCACCUUUAAGUAUCAGUAUUGUUCAAGCUUCCAAUAAAAGGCAGGAAAAAAUAAUGCUCUCGUACAAUUCACACUUUCCUGUCAUUCAAUACAUCAGAAUAACAGCAUAACAGAUAUUAAAGCGCAUUACAUUUAGAGACUGCAAGUGAAAAACAAAUGAUCUAGUCAGAUUAUUAAUAUAAUGAUUAUAAUACUACACAAAAUUACACUCACAAUCUUGCUUUUGUUCAGAACAACAACAUUUCAAUAAAGAAGUCUACUUACUAAUAAAGAAGCAACUUGCGUUUCAACCUGCCUGUCAUCGUGUCUCAUCCCUGCCUACUGUUUGGACUGUGUUCUCCUCCUCAUCUUGUCUUGUAAAAUAAACCUGUUACACUCAA